AUGAUUUUGAAAGACCUAUCCAACGAUACCCUACAUUAUGGAAUAGACGGAGCAUCACAGAGUGAUCAAAUCCCAAAGUCCGAGAAGAUGGACACGGUGAGCAGGAUCAAGGCGCGCCUUGCGUCUGUGGACCCAAACAAAGCCCGAGCACUGGGUGGUGUGUUCCUCUUUAACAUUAUCAAAGGCACUUCCGUUUAUUCUUGGACACUAGAUCUCAACAAUGUACAAGUCUACGAAGGCGAGCCCGAAGAAGAGCCAGACACCACCUUCACACUGAACGAGCACUACUUCAAACAGCUGGUCCAAGGACGAGAGGACCCCAGAGUCAUCAUGCAGGCUGGACGAUGUUCCGUCACAGGAGACAUCAUGAGAGCAAUGCAACUGGAACCUUAUAUUAAGUUAGAAUAG